AUGCGGCUCGAUCAGGGACGCGCACUCAUCAGGGUGUCGCUGGUAGUCGGGCAUCCACUGGUCCAUACCGACAAUCCAAGACCGGGAGAAAUUCGGGGAAUCCCCAGGUCGUCGCAUCGAUCUGUAAAAACCUAUAUAACUAUAGACGUUCUUUCCAUCAUCCUAGUCCGUCUCCAUAGCACAAUUACGAUGCUGUGUACGCGCCUGACUCUAUGCGCUUUUGUAAAGCACAGGACGCCGCACAUGAACCAGUGGAGACUUUUAUUCCUGAUAAGCCUGAGCGUUUUAUCAGGGCUCAGUGCCUGGUAUUAUGUCGUACACCUGGGGCGGGUGCGGGUCGGGGAGACUCUGUCGGUUCAUGCCGUGCGUGCUCUUCGGCAGGCAGUGCUCGACUACAACGCCGAUCGGGAGCGUUUUCGUGACUGGUUACGCGAACUCGUGCGCUACCGAACCGUGUCGAGUCAGCUGGGGAACGAAGCUGAGUUUCGGGCUUGUGUCGAACGCCUACGAGGCAUCGCUCAGAACGACGUAGGCUGUGAAGUGGUCCACGUGGUCGAGCGGCACGGACGGCGUCCUGCGUUGCUUGCCCAGUGCACCUUUGGACGCGAGCACGCGCUUCACGAAGUGCUGCAGUCGCGGAGCUCUGGAGCGCUGCCAGCACGAGGUGUCCUCUUUUACGGUCACUACGAUGUGCAACCGGCCGACGCCCGUGAGGACGGCUGGACGACGACUGCAGACGCUUUCCAGCCCGCGGAGUUAGACGGACGCAUCUAUGCGCGUGGUGCGAGCGACGACAAGGCGGGUGUGGUGACGCUUCUAACAGCACUUACGAUACUGCGCCGGCAUCUAUCAGGUGAAGAUGAAGCACCUCCUCUCGUUGUCAAGUUGUUGUUCGAAGGCGAGGAGGAGACCGGCAGCCCGGGCUUUGAACGCCUCCUCGAAGAUCAUGCAGAUUUCCUCUUUGGCAUGCCAUGCGGCAACCAAUCAGCUGAUGCUUGCCCUGGCAAGGUGCUGGACUUCAUCGUGUCCGUGGACGGAGGCCAGGUCGAUGAACGCACCGGUGCGUUGCUUCUCGGUAUGCGAGGUGCUGCGGCGUUUCAGAUCGAUGUCCACGGGCCGCAAAACGACGUACACUCUGGCCAGUGGGGUGGCGCUGUCGCAAACCCGCUGCAGGGUAUCGCAGGGCUCGUGGCAUCACUGCACGAUUCCGAAACCGGAGCGGCGCGGAUCGCUGGUUUCUACAACGGCAUUCCGUAUUCGAACAUGUCCAGCCUGCCGCCGAUCUACGCAGCAGCUCUGCAGGGGGCAAAACGCAAGCUACCAUCAGAAAAAGCUGCUGCGCAAUCUCUGGGUCUCUCGACGCUGGGCGGCGGCGAGCACGCGCUCUUUCCAAGUUAUCUCGCGCGCCUAUGGUUCCGUCCAACGCUGGAAAUCGUCGGUAUUGGCGGCGGCUACGUUGGCGAAGGGAUUCGUGGCGCGAUCCCCGCACGAGCGACAGCCAAAAUCCUCAUGCGUCUGGUGCCGGGACAGGAUGCCCGAGGCAUCGCCAUCGCGCUCUGCGAUCACGUCCAGCGCUACGCGCAGCAGCAUCUCGAAGAUCGCGGCUUGCGAUGCAGGUGCCAGAACCUCUCCUUCUUUGCUGAACCAUUUGUAUCGGAUCCGGAGAGCGCGCUGGUAUCCCUGGUGCGAGCAACGCUGCUCGCAGCGUACGGCUCCAGCGUGGUCCCAGUGUACUCAGGAGCCAGCAUUCCAGCGUUGAGCUUGUUGCAGACCCACGGGAAACGUUAUGUCGCUCGCGUCACGAACCGAUCCACAGCGAUUCCUAUCGGCGUGCUCGCGUUUGCGCUGCCCUCCGAUCGCAAUCACGGACCAGAUGAGAACUUUGCCUGGGCUAGAUUCGAUCGCGCGGUGCACUGUUAUCUGCACCUGCUUCUGAGCGUGCUCGAAGCUCCUCAGUCGACGGCACCUCUGCCCAGCGCACCUGCAAUAGUUUCUCGAAAUAUCUGA